GCAGACAUGUCAAUCUGACAUGUCUGGUGCAGCCAGCAGCAGUGACCGACGCCCGACCCCAUUUUUCUCUGCAUGGUGGUUGCUCCCUCCUCCGGUAUCAGCCACCUAUCUACUAUAGUCUACAUUGGACUAAAGUUCCUUCUUCUGCCCCUCCCGAGGCUCCGUCCCCUCCUCCCUGCCUCUUCUUACUCCUGGAAUCUUGUUCGUGUGUGCCUAUCCUGCCCUGUUUCUCAGUGUGCACCAUGAGUGAGACAAAAAUGCAGAACCCUUCAAGCAGUAGAUUAUUCUGAGGAAGCCCAAUCUAAUGAGACAAGUACAGCUGAAUAUACCUUAUGCCCACGAUCCUUUCCAGGAAAAUUAAACAAUACAAUGUUGUCAAUUUCACAAUCCUCAAUGGAUCACCUGAAAAGCUCAACCACAGUCGUGUUGAUACCCUCAAUCUAUACUGUGAUAUUCCUGGUAGGUUUACCUGCCAAUGGUCUUGCUCUGUGGGUGUUGAUGACCAAAGUGAAAAAGAUGACUUCCACUGUCUUCAUGAUGAAUCUAGCAGUGGCAGACCUCCUGCUUAUCCUUGUACUGCCGUUUAAGAUGUUUUACUAUUUUCUGGGUAACAACUGGAUUUUUGGUGAGCUUAUGUGCAGGGCUGUAACCAGCUUCUUUUAUGGUAACAUGUACUGCUCGGUCCUGCUCCUAAUGAGUAUCAGCAUUGACCGUUACUUGGCUGUGGUUCACCCCUUCUUCUCCAGAACAUUUAGAAGCAGGAACUUUGCUGUUGGCAUAUGCUCUAUUUCCUGGUUAUUUGCCAUUUUAUCUACAAUUCCUUUGGCAACUAUGCAACAAUCCUACCGUCUUCUGAACGCUGAACUUACAGUGUGCCAUGAUGCCCUUCCCAGACAAGAGCAAGCCAUGUAUCUUUUUUAUUAUUUCAUGACCAUUAUUGUCCUGUGCUUUAUUUUACCAUUGGUAAUUAUCAUUUUCUGUUAUGUUUCUGUCAUUCGUGCACUGAUUCUAAGUGGGGAGAAGUACGUCCAUGCUGUGAAACUAAGCGCCUUGGUUCUGCUUAUAGUGAUUGUGUUCUUGACACCAAGCAAUGUGGUGCUUUUGAUACAUUACUCAGAGCACUGUUUUCAACACUAUGCUGACCUCUAUGCAGUCUAUAUGGUCUGCUUAACUCUGAGUGCCUUCAACAGCUGUGUGGAUCCCUUUGUGUAUUACUAUGUGUCAGAAGAGUUUCGUGAUAAAGUGAGAGACAAGUUUAGGAAAAGAUCCAAACUGACAUUGAUAUCCCUCAAGACAUCUAAAGAGACUCUUCCAGCAAGUUGUUCCAACUCGCGGUCUCAUUCAGUGCUGUGACAUUUCUUUCUUCCCCAGCCUGCAAAGUACCACUUUCCAAACUAUACAACUGGACAAAAUGUCUCCAGCUACCAAAAGGGACUGUAUGGUGGCAUACACCGACCAUAGCCCAUAAGCUAUUCAUGUUCAUGUGUGGGAUCACCAUAUUGUAUAAAGUGGCAUAGGUACAAAGUAGAUACACUGCCACACAGUUAGGCCGGUGAGGUCUAAUGAUGACAUUUGCAGAUAUCUAUUUAUGUACAGUAUGAAGAGAAAUGGGAGAUAAACAUUCAUUCCAAGACAAGAAAUAAAGUUUGGAAAUCCCAUCAUGUAAAACGGAGCUAGUGAAAUUCCUUCAAAACAAAUGAUCGUACACAGGCGUGUUUACAUUAGUGCAAUUGGUAAUCAAUGUCUCAAUCAGGUAAAUUAAUUUGGCUACAAGGAUAGUGAGCCUUUGAGAAGGCUAAAAGUUGCUAAAUAGUCUUCUAAUAAUUUGCUCACACCACAUUAUGGCAGAGACCUAUAUGGCAAUACACCUACUCCACGCUUCAUGGCCAUAAUAGUGACACUGAACCCUCACUUGAGUUUUGUAUAUUUGUGUAUGUGUGAGUUGAUGUCACAUUGUGUAUGCGCACACUUGCAGUUCCCCUUAAGCAGAAGGUAGGAGCAGUCACUGGUUGUGAUUAUAACAAAUUUGAAUACACUAUAUACAGACCGUAAACCUAAAUACCAUGCCAUUAUUGCAUAACAUGUUCAUAAUAUAGUUUUAUUACAAUUUUAUUUAUUACAGCUACCCAACAUGACACAGCUCUGGAAAUGUUGUAGACUUUGGGCCUUAUUCAGGUUUGUUAGCAAACCAAAAAAAUUAGCAAUUGGGCAAAACCAUGUGCACUGCAGGUGGGGCAGAUGUAACUGUACAGAGAGUUACAUUUGGGUGGGGUGUGUUCAAACAGGAUGCAGUCAAUUUACCUACUUUCAAAAACUCGACGGUCAAAAUACCAACAACCAUUGACCAACGGUCAAAAUACAGAGAAGAUCAAAAUACCGACAACGUCAAAAUAACGUCAAUUAAAAAUACCGACAUUUAAAAUGUCGACAGAACAAAAAGGCUACAUGAGUUUUUCAUUGAAACAGACUUGUUCAUACUUUACCAUCCCAGUGGACCUGGAGGGGGAAUAUAAUAGUGCUCGAAGCAUGCCAAGCACAACGAGCCAUGCGAGAGGACACGGUACACUUAUACGGUGUCCAUGUCGACACACAAAACCCUAGGAAACCGUGUGUCGACUUUUUGACCUGUCGACAUUUUAGAUGUCGGUAUUUUGACCUUGUCUGUAUUUUAAAUGUUGGUAUUUUGACUGUCGGCCAAUUGUUGUCAGUAUUUUGAUUGAACAAGGUUUAGUAUGAAAUACCUAUAAACUAAAAUCUUAAUUACAGUGCAGAAGUUAAGCAGCCAGUAUUUACCAUGCACAUAGAUGGCCAUAAAAAGUAAAACAUUUUCAGUGCUUAAGUUUUAAAUAUCAUUAAGUUUGUAUGAGUCCAAUCUUUGGCUCACAGAGGUCAUUGUUACACAAUUUUUUACAUUUAUAAAUAAAGAUGGAGAAAAAAUGAAGACGCUAAAAAGUUUGUAAAA